CGCUGUGCGGGGCUCCGGCUCCUGCAUCGGACUCAGCGUUCAGGCCGAGGCGCAGGCAGCCGCCCCCACCGCUCCGGACGCUGGCCCAGGGCCCUCGGUCCCCCGCAGAUAGACGAUGAGCAGCCACGGCAACAGCCUGUUUCUGCGGGAGAGCGGCCCGCGCCUGGUGCGGGUGGGCUGGCUGCAGCGGCUGCUGGAGGGCGCGCAGCAGAGGGCGCUGCGCACGCGCCUGCGCCUGCAGACGCUCACCCGCGAGCACGUGCUGCGCUUCCUGCGCCGCAACGCGUUCAUCCUGCUCACCGUCAGCGCCGUGGUCAUAGGGGUCAGCCUGGCCUUUGCCCUACGCCCAUACCAGCUCACCUACCGCCAGAUCAAGUACUUUUCUUUCCCUGGAGAGCUUCUCAUGAGGAUGUUGCAAAUGCUGGUUCUGCCGCUCAUCGUCUCCAGCCUGGUCACAGGUAUGGCAUCCCUGGAUAACAAGGCGACAGGGCGCAUGGGGAUGCGGGCAGCUGUGUACUACAUGGUGACUACGGUCAUUGCGGUCUUCAUCGGUAUCCUCAUGGUCACCAUCAUCCAUCCUGGAAAGGGCUCCAAGGAGGGGCUGCAUCGUGAGGGUCGGAUUGAGACCAUCCCCACGGCUGAUGCCUUCAUGGACCUGGUCAGAAAUAUGUUUCCACCCAACCUUGUGGAGGCCUGCUUCAAACAGUUCAAGACACAGUACAGCACGAGGUUGGUAACCAGGACCGUUGUGAGGACAGAGAAUGGAUCUGAGCAGAGCGCCUCCAUGCCUCCUCCAUCUUCAAUGGAGAAUGGAACCAGCCUCCUGGAAAAUGUCACACGAGCCUUGGGCACCCUGCAGGAGGUGCUGACCUUCGAGGAGAUUGUGCCUGUGCCUGGCUCAGCCAAUGGCAUCAAUGCUCUGGGCCUUGUGGUCUUCUCUGUGGCCUUUGGGUUGGUCAUUGGCGGCAUGAAACACAAGGGCCGAGUCCUGCGGGACUUCUUCGACAGCCUCAAUGAGGCUAUUAUGAGGCUGGUGGGCAUCAUUAUCUGGUACGCACCUGUGGGCAUCCUGUUCCUGAUUGCUGGGAAGAUCCUAGAGAUGGAAGACAUGGCCGUUCUGGGGGGUCAGCUGGGCAUGUACACCCUGACUGUAAUUGUGGGCUUGUUUCUCCAUGCUGGUGGCGUCCUGCCUCUCAUCUACUUCCUCAUCACCCACCGGAAUCCCUUCCCCUUCAUCGGGGGCAUGCUGCAGGCCCUUAUCACUGCCAUGGGCACGUCUUCCAGCUCUGCGACACUGCCCAUUACCUUCCGCUGCCUGGAGGAGGGCCUGGGUGUGGACCGCCGCAUCACCAGGUUCGUGCUGCCUGUGGGGGCCACUGUCAACAUGGAUGGCACUGCCCUCUACGAGGCCCUGGCAGCCAUCUUCAUUGCCCAAGUCAACAACUACGAGCUCAACCUGGGCCAGAUCACAACUAUCAGUAUCACAGCGACAGCAGCCAGCGUUGGGGCUGCUGGCAUUCCCCAGGCAGGUCUGGUCACCAUGGUCAUUGUGCUCACAUCGGUCGGCCUGCCCACUGAAGACAUCACGCUAAUCAUAGCUGUGGACUGGUUCCUUGAUCGACUUCGCACAAUGACCAACGUGCUGGGGGACUCCAUUGGAGCAGCUGUCAUUGAGCAUUUGUCUCAGCGGGAGCUGGAGCUGCAGGAAGCCGAGCUCACCCUCCCCAGCCUGGGGAAGCCCUACAAGUCACUCAUGCCACAAGAGAAGGGGGCAUCUAGGGGGCGGGGUGGCAAUGAGAGUGCCAUGUGAGGGGUGUCUUGGGAAAGACCCACUGCCUGAAUGACUGUGUACUGAACUCAUAUUCUGUCCGAUGUGUUUGGGGGAAACUGAGAUAAAGGAGCAGGGAUGAAAGGA